UGUGUUGUUGUCGGAGGCAAAAUGGCGGCGGCGGCAGCGGUGUCCGGGGCCGCCCUGCUGGGCAAGGGGCUGGACAUCAGCCUGGCGGCGCUGCAGCAGCAGGACCCCUACAUCAGCAGCAUCGUGGACGUGGCCAGCCAGGUGGCGCUAUACACCUUCGGGCACCGCGCCAACGAGUGGGAGAAGACCGAUGUGGAGGGAACGCUGUUUGUUUACACAAGAUCAGCUUCUCCAAGGCAUGGUUUCACAAUUAUGAACAGACUGAGCAUGGAAAAUCGAACAGAACCAAUUACUAAAGACCUUGAUUUCCAGCUGCAGGACCCCUUCCUUCUGUACAGAAAUGCCAGAUUGUCCAUAUAUGGGAUUUGGUUUUAUGAUAAGGAAGAAUGCCAAAGAAUUGCAGAGCUCAUGAAAAACUUAACUCAACAGGAGCAAUUCAAAGCAAAGCAGGGCGUGGGAGCAGGAGCAUCCCCAAUGAUCAUGAAUUCUGCUAAUAACAAAGAAGUGGAUAUCUUACGAAUGCUUACCAAGGCCAAAGAUGAGUAUACAAAGUGUAAGACCUGCUCAGAGCCAAAACAAAUAACCAGUUCCUCUGCAAUCUAUAACAACCCCAACCUAAUAAAACCAAUUCCAGUGAAGCCUAGUGAAAAUCAGCAGCAACGAGCAAGCAAAACAAGCAAUGAGCAGCAAAACAAGAAUGUGGAUCCUGAACCACAGCACUUGUCUUUGACAGCACUGUUUGGAAAACAAGAAAAGACGGAUGUCUCAGAACCACUUAAUAAGCAGAACCAAGAGAAUCUUCCUAUUAGGCAGGGUGUAGUACGUUCACUGUCCUAUGAAGAACCCAGCAGGCAUUCACCCUCUGCAGAAAAACAGCUUUGCCCUGCCAUUCAGAAGCUUAUGGUGCGUGGGACAGACCUUCAUCCACUUUCUGAGUUUCCUGAGAAUCGACUUUGUGAAAAUGGCAGUACCCACCCUGUGGGUGAGACUUUCACAGGACUCUUCCAGCCUGUGACUUCUCAUGGUAUUGCAACAUCUCAUGUAGUUCAGGAUACUGCUGGCACUCAGAGCUUAUUGCAGAAAUUACAAAGUCAGUCAGGGACAGUGUCUAAAAAGGACACCAGUGCAAUGGGAUCUGUGAACUCGACAGCUUCUGUGUUCAGCAGGACUCCUGCUCCUGUUGGAGCACCAGCAGCACCAGUAAAUAACAUGAGCCAGCCACCUUUGAUGUAUUUCAAUGGUUCCCUACCAGGCCAGAGUUUAGAGUCUCAGACACUUGGUAAAGAACAAUCCAAACUUCCUAGACAGCCACUUCCUCUCUCAGGCAAUCAAGCAGCCAGUUCUGGGGUGAUUUCACCUCAAGAGUUACUGAAAAAACUCCAAAUAGUGCAACAAGAACAACAGUUGCAUGUAUCCAGCAGACCAACCUUGGCAGCUAAGUUUCCUGUCGUUACUCAGAAUACCAAUACGUUGAAACCACUGGAUUCUUGGAUAGAAAAGACACCGGCUACAGAAAAACAGAACGCUCUCUUUCAGGUAAUCUCACCUCAACGCAUUCCUGCCACUGUGACUCCUACAUUGUUGAUGUCCCCCAUGGUGUUCACUCAGUCCACAUCUACUCCACCAAAAGCAAAUGAAAGUGGGCGAUUAGCAGCAGCAAACCAAGAACCUGCUGCUAGCUCAGCUAGCCUUCUCCUGCCACUGCAAAGCCCAGAGCCUUCUGUGGUCAACAGCAACUCAAUGACAAAGAUGCAGCUGCAGGAAACACUUCUACACCUGAUCCAGAAUGAUGACAACUUCUUAAAUAUUAUUUAUGAAGCAUAUCUCUUCAGUGUGAGAAAGGCAGCAAUGAAAAAGGCUGUGUGAAAGAUCAUUUUUAAAUUCCGUUUCUUCCUGAACUCUAGGAAAAAGGUUUCCAAAUUUUCAAGUACAUUUAUGUUUAAAGAAAUGAAUGGUCUUAAGCAUUUUACAUACAUGUAGAUUUUGCUGGUUGGCGAGUACACGCUGUACUGAGACGGAAGUGAGCAAAAACAGAUUGUGCCUUCAGGGAGCGGAGUGUCACGAUACUGAAGACCUAAUAACAAAAUAUCUUAAAUUAUUUUUCUUAUAUUUGUCCAUACUGGGGUUUGGUUUCUCUGCGUAAAGGCUCAGUUCUCAGAAUUGGCCUUCCUUUUUUACUUUGAGUGUGGUUGCUCAUUCGGUGUUCGACGUGGAUUUUCUCCGAAACGUCUGAACGUGCCCAGCUCUGACCACAUGGUGGCAAUGUUGGACUAUUUUUAGGAACCUGAAGAUCCGAGUGGCACCUCGGAAGGGAAGGUCUUGGGGAAGGCUGAGCUAUCAUCGCGCUUAGCUGACAGCAGAGCCAUUUAGAUGACAUGUCAUGACUUUCCCCCAAAUUUUUGUAGAAAAAUCUUUUUCUAUUUUAAGAAGAAUAUUUUUAGCUAGCUGUAGAAACGGGACUCUGCGGGUGUUUUGGGGAACUGGGAGGGAGAGUUUGUUUGUGAAUGUACUUGCUAUCAGCAUAGCUCUGGGGUGGCACUGGAUUCAUGUUUCUAUUAUUCCAGAUGCGAUCUGCAUAUUGGAUAAGCAAUGUGCAACUUUGUUAAGGGGAAUGCUACCUGGUGUAAAACUCCUAUUAAAUUUUUUUAGUGUGUCCUGGAGCACACUGAUUUCAUUGAUCCGUUUCUAAAGAAAAUAAAAUGGCU